AUGCUCAAAUUAAAUUACACAAAUGCUCGGGCGGCUGCCCACGCGUGCUCCCGCCGCCGCCUGCUUCGUGUCGCCGCCAACGUGCGUGCCUGGCCGCCUCCUCCGCCGUGCAUGCUUGGCCGCGCCGCCGCCAGCCCGAGCUCCCACGCGUGUCCGCCCAGCCGGCCGCGCGUGCUCGCGCCGCCGCCGUGCGUGUGCCCGGCUGCCUCCUCCGCCGCGGGGCCACCGGCCGAGCGCCCGUGCGUGCCUCGGCCCAGCCGCCGCGUGUGCUCGCGCCGCCGCAUGCCUGGCCGCCUCCUCCGCCGCGGGGCCGCCGGUCGAGCUCCCGCGCGUGCUUGGCCGCCUCCUCCUCCGCGGGGCCGCCGGCCGAGCUCCCGCGCGUGCUUGGCCGCCUCCUCCGCCGCGGGGCCGCCGGCCGAGCUCCCGCGAUGCCUGGCCCAGCCGCCGUCGCGCGCGUGCGGGGCCGCCGGCCGAGCUCCCGUGCGUGCUUAG